UUUAGGGGAGCGCAGGCUCCGCCAGCUGCCGGCGGAAAACCAUCACCGAAUCCCAAAACCCAUCACCGAAUCCCGAAAAACAUCACCGAAUCCCAAAAAACAUCACCAAAUCGCAAAACCCAUCACCGAAUCCCAAAAAACAUCACCAAAUCCCCAAAACCAUCAGGAAUUCCCGCGGAGGGGAGGGAAGGAGGCGGCCGAGGCAGCAGCAGCAGCAGCCAUGGAGGAGCGCAAAUAACGCCCUGAGCCCAUCCCUCGGCCGAGCCGAACCGUGGAGCAGCGGCAGCUGCGGGCAACGCCGACCUAGAUGCAUCCCCACGCUGCUCCAUCCUCAUCCUCCUCAUCCCCGUCGCCAUCCGGGGGCUGCACCUGCUGAGCCGCGUCCAGCGGGAGGAGGAAUGCCGAGCUGGCCGGGAGGAAGGCUCGGGCUCGCCUUUGUUCCCCUCUGAGCAGCGGCAGCGCCUGAGCCCUUCCUGGGGGGAUCCACUGGCUCCAGCCCCUCCCUGGGAGCCAUGGGCACCACGGAGGCCACGCUGAGGAUGGAGAACGUGGAUGUGAAGGAGGAGUGGCAGGACGAGGACUUCCCCAGGCCUCUCCCAGAAGAGACGGGGAUGGAGUCCCUGGGAAGCCCCACGGAGGACGAGACCACAUCCUCUCCCCCCAACACGCUGAACUUUAACGGGGCCCAUCGGAAGAGGAAGACCCUGGUCGCACCUGAAAUCAACAUUUCCCUGGACCAGAGCGAGGGCUCCAUCCUCUCCGACGACUUCCUGGACACCCCGGAUGACCUGGACAUCAACGUGGAUGACAUUGAAACUCCUGAUGAGACAGAUUCCCUCGAGUUCCUGGGCAAUGGGAACGAGCUGGAAUGGGAGGAUGACACCCCCGUGGCCACGGCCAAGAACAUGCCUGGGGACAGUGCAGACCUGUUUGGGGACGGGGGCACCGAGGAUGGCAGUGCCACCAACGGGCGCCUCUGGAGAACCGUCAUCAUCGGCGAGCAGGAGCACAGGAUCGACCUCCAGAUGAUCAAACCCUACAUGAGGGUGGUGACACACGGAGGGUACUACGGAGAAGGUCUCAACGCCAUCAUCGUCUUUGCCGCCUGCUACCUCCCUGACAGCAACCUGGCAGAUUAUCACUACAUCAUGGAAAACCUCUUCCUGUAUGUGAUCAGCAGCCUGGAGCUGCUGGUGGCCGAGGAUUACAUGAUCGUGUACCUGAACGGGGCCACGCCGCGCAGGAGGAUGCCCGGCCUGGGCUGGCUCAAGAAGUGCUACCAGAUGAUCGACAGAAGGCUGAGGAAGAACCUCAAGGCCCUGAUCAUCGUGCACCCCUCGUGGUUCAUCAGGACUGUCCUGGCCAUCUCCAGACCCUUCAUCAGUGUGAAGUUCAUCAAUAAGAUCCAGUACGUGCACAGCCUGGAGGAGCUGGAGCAGCUCAUCCCCAUGGAGCACGUGCAGAUCCCAGAGUGUGUCCUGCAAUAUGAAGAAGAGAGGAUCAAGGCCAGAAAAGAAAGGGCAGAGGAGAAACAAGACAUGGCUGAGAGGGAAAGCAUGUCCUGAGUGGGAGCAGCACGGAGGAAUGGAGCAGAAGGAGCAGCCUGGAGUCACCCACCUCAACGACCUCUGGGGACAAGAGCUUGCCACCACCUUCUUCCAAGCCCUGUAAAUCCUGGAGCCUGCCUCCUCUGCCUCCAAGAUGCAAAGUCCUUUGACCUCUUGGGAAUCACUUUCCAUUUUUUUUUUUAAAGAAGAACAAAAACCAAACAACCCCCCAGAAAACGAAGCAAGAGCAGCACUUUACAGGUUCUGGUGUGUUUAGGGAAUGGUCUGUGGAGAGCAUUGCACAGUGCAGAUACUCACUGUGUAUCCUUGGAGUAAGUCAGGAGCAGCCUCCAGCCCAUGAAUCUCCAGCCCAGAGAGAGAAUUUAUUUUGGUUUCAAUCGUGAACCUCCCCUUCACUCGCUGCUGGCCAGCAUGGAGCACCCCCAGGCUCCUCCAGGACACCCCAAAAGCUGAGAAUAACCACCACAGGCAACGGGAAGAGCUUUUCCCUCCUUUUCCCAGCCACUGUGAGUUUCUUCCAGAAGAUUCCAAGCGCCCAAGGCCUGGGCAGCACUGCCAGCUUCCACCGUUCCUCUGGAACUCAUGCCCAGCAGGAAACCCCGCAGUUCUUCCAUGGGUUUUCCUGUUUUUUUCCCGAUUUAUCUCACCCAGGUGCAUGAGGCACCCCGGAGGGAUCCCACAGAACCUUCUCCUGAGGGCACACACCCCAAAGGGUCGGGGUUUGGAAGGAGCUUUCCAGCACAGGGAAGUUCUCCAGGUCUUGGUCUCCACUGGACAAUCACUCGCUGCUGACGCCUCCCAGGAGCUGCUGAAGGGUUGGGAGGCUCCCUGAGGAGGGAAACGCUCAUCCAGCACGUUGAAUUCUGCCCAUAAAAUCCCGCAUCCCGGCCUGGAACGGCCCCAUGGAGGGUGCAGAACGUGGGGCUGGCUGCUGGAGCCCAGAGGCGCAGGUGGGACUUGGACUCCUGGGAUUCGGGAUUUGGACCCGUGAGGGUUCUGUGAGCAAAGGAAGGGGGGGAAGAAAUGAAGGAACAACUGUCUGGCCAAAAUUCUUUGGAAAUGACUGAUUUCAGAGGCAGAGCCAGCUUGCAUGGCCUCAGGCUGGGUCCCUGGAGUGUCCAAGGCCAGGCUGGGGCAGUUGGAGGCGUCCCUGCCAUGGCAGGGGUGGCACUGAUGGGAUUUCAGGUGCCUCCAAACCAUUCCAGGAUCCCCUGAUGCCAUGAUCAGGUAAAACCGCUCUCAAACACCUGCAGAUGAAGAAUUCCCUGCCCGUUUCUCCACUUCAUCACCCCUUGCAUUCUCCAGAUGAAGAAUUCCCUGCCCCUCUCAUCGUUUCACAGAGAAUUCUGGCAGAGUGGGGAUGGCUCCUCUGCACACACAAAGCUGCUUUUCUCCUCCUUUCAGUGAACAAACCCGCUCUGGGUGAGCCCCUUCUUCCCCUGGGUGCUCCAAGGAAGCACCAAAAGCACUUUUGAACCUUGAUUCUCGUUUGAGACGUUCUCCUCACACGCCCCAGCCAUGGGUGGAAAGCAGAGCACUGCACCCACAGCACCAGCCCGGAGGCUGAAGAUGGAAAAAAAAAAAAAAAUUCCACAUUCCAUCUAAACAAGCUCAUUAAUAAACCAAAUUCCAAGUUGGAAGGGGCUGGGAUCGUGGCAGGAUGGGAUUUAAGGUCCUUUCCAACCCAAACCAAUGGGAUUUUACAAGGAAUUCUGUAAAAUUGGAGGCAAGAGGAGCCCUGCAGGUGUUGGUGGAGCUCAGGUUUAUUCCAGGUGACUCCUGCCUGCUGUGCUGAGCUCCCAGCUCUGUCUGGAGGCAGAAGGAGCAGCCAGGAAUUCCCAAAUCCCCUCGGGUGGAGGAAGGACUUUGCUGAUUAAACCAAUUUCAGUUCCCGCCAUGAACAAUCACAAAGCUCCUCGUGGGCCCAGAGGCUGGGACUUCACUGGAAACACUUCAAGGUGAUUUUCCUUUUCUUUUUUUUCUUUUUUUUUAAUGGAUUUAGAGGGAAAUUCGUCAGCUUUCCACCCAGAGUGUGACCCACGCUGGCACCGCAAGGGAAGUUUGCAAUUAUUCAACAAUUAAGUGGAUAAAAUGUUGAAUGGUCAAAAUCCAGCUCUAGAAAGAGUUUGUGCAUCAAAAACCGUCCAAAAAUACUGCUGGGAUGGGGAAGAUGGAUGUGGGAGAGAAGGAAUGCCAAUCUCCUUUCACGAGGGAUCCGCACCAGGAUGGAAUUUGCUUUUUGGUUCUUUCAUUCCUCCCCAAACCCACUCUGUCUGUGUUGUCAGGAAAAAACAAAUACAGAAUGAGCAGAUCCUACAAUGAAACUUCACCUUUUUCCAAGUAAUUCCUUCAGAGCAAGGGAAUUUCAGCUGGGAAAAGGACAGAUCCCAAAUUUCCCUUCAUGAGAUGGAGGUGGGCAGUUGUUUCCAUACAAAAAAAAAUCAAUUUUUAACUUCUUGGAAGAGAUUUUUGGUUUUGUUUUGUUUCAAAAAGUGCACUUUGUGAUGGAGCACUCCAGGUGGUGUGCAGUAGAUUUUAAUUUUUCACAGUUUUAUAAGCAUGUAAAGUUUAUGUUCAUGGAUGGAUGGAUGGAUGGAUGGACACACGGAUAAAGUUUUUAUGUCUUUUAACACAGAGAAGAACCUGCAGCCCCAUCAAGGAGAAAUCAGAAAUGUCAAAAGUGCAUUUUGUAGCAGAAAAAAAAAAAAUUAUUAUUAUUAUUAACUUAUUUCAACCAGUUGAUUGCAAAGCAAAAAGCUACAAAUUCUUGGACAAAAACACCAAAAAAAAGAAAAUGUCCCCGUCCCAAAGGUGGAGUGACAAAUCUCAGCUGGAUGGGGAGAAAUCUGCGCUGCUGCUGCUGGUGGAAGUGCAUUUCCAGCAGAACUUUGACCAGUAUAUAAAUAUAUAAAUAUGUUUAAAGGAGAAAAUGAAAUAAACUCAUCCCUUUAGCAAUACUGCUGGACUGCUCAGUGCCCCCAGCGUGCACCAGGCCCCGUUCCUGCCUCAGAAAAUCAUCCCUGGAGGACCAAGAUCAUCAUUUCUCAAUUCCCUGGAUUACAUUGAGCACUUUCUGGCCUGAUUUGACUUUUCCUGAGAUUUUUCUCCCAUGGGAAGUCGCAUUUUAGCUGCAGAAAAAGUUCUUUUAUGCCCACAUUCACCAAAUCCUGGUGUUUUCACUCGCUGUGUGUUUAAUGGCAGGACCUCAAUUCGCUCCACAUCAGCCUGAAAAAUCCAAUUUCUUCCUGUGCAGAGCAGGAAUUCCCUUCCCCUCUCCUGGAGGAUUUAUCCUCAGCUCCAGAAACUCCAAUUUUCCGCUUUUUUCCCACCCAUUUUUGGGGCUGACCAUGAGUUUUUGUUGUGGUUCACAAGGAAGGCACAGGAACCAAGGCUGGAUUCCAGGGCAGGAAUUCAUCCCAAUCCUUUUAUCCAGGGCUGUGCAAAUGUCAGUGGAUAUUUAGAGAUUCCCUCAUGGUUAUUUUUCCAUCUUUAUUCCCCACAGAGGUGCAGAAAAAAGGUUUUAAAGGAGACAAAUCCUCUUUUUUAGAUGAUUUCAAAAAGCCAGGAGUCAAGGAAGGGCUGGGAUGGGCCUGGAGCAGGAGAAAGGGACAAAAAACCCGCAAAAAGCACAUUUUUCUCUUUUCUAUUUCCUUCUUUCCUUCCUCCCUGGCAGCCAGAAACUCAGCAGAUUUUGGUAAAAAAGCGGAGUUGAGAACUCCCCAUGACAAUAAACCCACAAUCCCAGGGUUUUAUAUUUUUUUUUUCCUUUUUUUUUUGUUCCUUUCCAGCCCAACCCCACCUGUACAAACGUGUGAAAUGUCAUUUUCUGCAGUGGUUGUAAUUAGGUGGUUUGUGCUAGCAGACUCUUCAUCUGUACCCCGAGUUUUGCUUUGUAUUAUUCCAUAAAUUCUGUGGAUAUUCUAUUAAAAUGAGACUAAUCCUUCAGCCAACCCUUCCUUCUGUCAAGUAGAUUUUAUUUAGGAUUUGGCUUCAUGUGGAAAAUAUGAGGGAAAUUCGUCGCUUGGAUGUUGUUCCCUUGAAGAAAGGCAUUCAAAGGAAAUUCUGACGCUGCAAAAUUCCAAGUGUUUUUGCUAAAAUAGCUCCUGU